ACCCGGCUGUGUAAUUCGAUAGCAGCCAGUGGAGAGUGGAGGGGGGGGUAAGGGAAUGCUGGGCAGCAAUGGAGCGGAGUGCGGUCCAGUGGCUGGGCGCUCCGUGCUGCACUCGUGGCACGUAUGCUUUCUACAAGUCGUUCAAUUGCCAUGGCGCCGUGGCUGCGAGGUGUCCGGCCGUGUGGAGUCUCGGAGAGUUCUACUUCGUGCGCUGCGGGCCGAAGGAACCCGUGUGCCUCGCUGAGCUCACACUGCUCUGGGAGGACCAGGCACAGCACCACCUGCUGGCCAGCGCCAGACUCUACUUCCUCCCGGAGGACACACCCAAGGGCCGGUCAGGCGAGCACGGAGAGGACGAGGUGCUUGCUGUUUCUAAGAAGAUCGUGAUCCGGGUGGAGGACCUGGUGAAGUUGGCGUGUCCAGAGCCGCCAGGCUGGAUAUGGAGCACUCGGCAGGAUGGCUCCCCCGACAGCGUCGGGAUAUUGCUGUCUGGCCAGCCACAGGGGGCCAGCGUCCAGUCUGCGGACACUGCCCAAGGUGUGAGUGUGAAGGUGCUGAGCUAUCUGCAGUAUUGUCGAUUUCGCUCCAUGCACAAACGCAUGCAGGGUGUUGCACACGCCUCCAGCCUCAAGGACCCACAGCUAUUGGCACUGGGCGGGAUCCGGGUGACCAAUCACAACACCAGGAUUCUAUAUUGCCGGGACACGUUCAACCACCCAACGCUGGAGAGCAACACCAGCAUCUGGACUGAGUUUGGGUGCACUUCUUUGAGCAUGAAGGGAAGACCCCGUAAAAGAAAAGGAAGGGAGGGGAGAGGGGCGGAGCUUGGACCACCUCACCAAUCGGAGGCCUGGAUAGAGAGAAUGAAGGACACGGUGACAGGCAGUGUGGAGGAGCAACAGGACUUGGGGGCUCUGGGGGGGCAGUGGCUCCCCCAGCCUGAGGAGCAGCACUUUCUGGAGCAGCUGCACAGCUUCAUGAGGGGCCGCAGCACUCCCAUCUGCAAGGUCCCGCACCUGGGCUUCAAGAAGAUUGAUCUCUUCCUUUUGUAUUCAGUUGUCAAAACAAUGGGUGGAUAUGAAACGGUGACGGAGCAGAAGCUGUGGAAACACGUUUACAAUGAGCUGGGUGGGAGUCCAGGGAGCACCAGCGCUGCCACCUGCACCCGGAGACACUACGAGAGACUGAUCCUGGCAUACGAUCGCUAUUUGAAGGGAAUUGAGCAGCCUGUCCCCCUCCCUAAACCCCGGGCUGGAGCAGCGGCCAACGAGAAAGGGAAGCAAGUGAAAAGAACCACAGCAGAGCCCCCCCAGAAAGCAAAGAAGGAUCCUGUGUUUGUCAAGCAGGAAAGCAUAGUGGAAGUGAAGGUGAAUGGAAGACAGAAACGGGCCAGACGAAGAGCGGGGAGCGCUUCGAAAGACAGCAGCAAGCAGAGCGUCAGAAAGGAGCAGGGCCAGGGACAGGAGCUGAACUCCAGUGUAGGCGUGAGGAUGCAGGACCAGCAGACAAGCUCCAGCCCUGCCCUAGGGGUGCGCUCCCUGGGCCUGCAGGACGACAGUAUCCCCCCUCUCGCUGCCCUGCAGAAGCUGCACCCUGCAGUGGGGGGCUUCUCCUUGCCGCAGGGUCUCUCCCCCCUCGACGUUCUCAGAAGCCGACUCGGAUUGGGGCCUUCUUCAGAGAGCCCUGGUUCGGCCUCUCAGGAGUCCAGAAAGACACUUGUCCUCUUUCAGCCUACUGCUGGAGACAGCAAGGUCAGCGGUACCCCAGGUAAGGAGCCAGUAGCCCCAAAUCCAGCCCUGAAACCCCACGGAGCCCCCUUUGCUGCCAGCCGGGGCAGGUUCCCCAUAGCUCCCCUCAGGAUCAUCCCCCUGGACAUCGACUGCAGCCUGCAGGUUCAGCAGCUCAUGAAGCGCUCUCUGGGCCACGCUCAGCUCAGCUGCUUCACCAAGAAGCUGUCGGAGGCACUGUCCCAGGACCUGAGCAAGACUACACAGCCCAGGGAUUCCGUGCCGAACACUGAGGAGCAACAAGCAGUCCCUCUGAACCUGAGCAAGCGAGCCCAGGUGAAGAGGCCAGCUGACUGUGCAGAAUGCCCACCUCCCUCUCCCUACCAGCCCAGCCUCCUGCACUCCUCUUAUCCGCUGUACACCCCCCAGCCCAGCCAGGCCAACACGGCCAAGAAACUCAAAACCGAGCCGGACUCUCAAGAGCAGGCUCCUGCUGUGGGACAGAACGGCAGACUGGGGUCAAACCCUGCUCAAGCUGAAGAGAAGCCUGCAGACCUGAGCACACCCAGACGGGCCAGAGCAGCACUCCGAGAUGGGGAGGAAAGGGCAGGCGAGCCAGGCCGGGAUGCCCCAUCAGAAAUGCAGGAAACCCGCGAGCCAGCGGCCUUUUCCGCCACGUCAGAAGACCUGCUCUCUGCGGGAGAUGCCUGCACAGGCUCCCCCGCUCUGCAGCGUGCUUUACCCACGAGACCUGGCUUGCAAGGGAGUGUGGCGGCUGAGUCUGAGGAGCAGGGGGAAGCCAGCCCCACAGCCUAUCCCUUGUAUCUCUUCCGGGGGAGGCAGGUUCAGCUGGGAGAGUCGGGGGCCGACUGCCUGAAGCAGGUGAGCUCGGAGAUGAGCGCACUGCUCAGCACCGCGUCUGGGGCCCUGCAGAACCAGAAGUCCUGGGCCCUGGCACCACAUGGCCGCUGAGGGACUCACAGACUCUCAUAACCAUAAACUGUUUAAAGUCUAUUAACAAGGUUCCCCUGGAGUACAUGGAGCAGUCAGGGAGCUCCCACUGUUAAGAAUCCUCUGCUUUUCUAUGACUUGGUGCAUUUGAAGGUGAUGCUGACUGCUAGAAGAGUGUCUCAAACGAAACUAGCUGAUGCUGUCUGAUUAAACCUAUAGUUCAGUACAUGCUGAAACAGUACAUGCCGCUUCUUUAUUAGAGGCACCUAUGUCUGGGUUCAAUACUUGACUUAUGUGUUCUAAUUGAUAGUUAUUUAAGGUAUUAUCAUAACUGUUCUUUGACGAGAAAGUCGUUCACUAGAAAAAAGGUGCUUAUUGCCACAAAUAAAAUUGCUGGUCACCUUGAUAAAGUUUAGGAAUGAUAAAGUGUUUUUGUUUGGAACUUGCACAGGUCAUUGCACAAAUCCGAUAUAAAAUUGAUCAUAGUUAGCAUAAUGCAGUUAGGUAGUGUCUGUAUUAAGAUUAUCAUUUUUCAUUCCGUUUAAAUGUUUCUAAUGAUGAGACAGUAAGGGUUGCUUAAUAAGCUGUAAAGUAUAUUGCUGAUUGCUUGUAUAUGAUAUGCUGUGUGUCGCAGCAUCAUGUGAAUGAGGGAAUAGGAGCUUUGAAGUGUGCUGUAUAAUUUGCUGGUGAUCUCAGUUUCACUGUUCAAGUAAGGUGCGAAUCCCGGGUCUGGCAGUUGCAAGGCAGGCAGUCCUCUCCAGCAGCAGCAGGCUCUAUUGAGGACCUAUACUGUGUGCUGGGUGUAUGUGUGUGAAUAAUUUUUCAUUGCUAUUUAUUGUUGUCUGCUGUUUUGUAAACUGAUGCCCAUACUAACGGGAGCGGCUCUCUUUGAGUGAUCCUUUUCUUUUAAAUAUUCAGGUGCUGGGUAACUCUGAAAGGGCUUGUGGGGGAAGCUCCUGCUGUUUCAGGAAACCCUCAUGUUGCUGUUUUAGGGAUUUAUUUUUGAAUUGUGUAAUAAUGCGUUCUGGAAUUCUAAAGCUAAUCGAGAGCAAAGGAUCCUGGAAUGCAAAUGUUUUAAAUACAGUUACCACUGCCGUGUCUACCAGAUUUUAUAUAUUUUAAUCGCUGGACUUUCUGAAAUGUGUUACUAUGCAUUGUUAAUAAUAAUAAAAAAAAGAUAAUUAACUUCAAAAUAAACACGUGUUUGUCAUGUAAUAAUCCAUACAAUUGCUUCAUUGCAAAUACU